AUCCUAAUUCCCAAAUUGAGGAACCCUAACCCUAGCUUCCCUUUGCCUCAGCCGUACCCCACCCCUCCUUCACCCUCUUCAGCUAACACACUCACCCUUAAUCCCCAAGUCAGCGCCGUUACCCUCACCACAUGACACACACAGAGACUUACCUCUCUCACUCUCAGCCUCACCAAUGAACUCGCACUCAUUUCCUCACUAUACACACGCACGCACACAUAUGGAGAAGACAGGAAGAGAGAGCGCCAGCGAAGAAGAGGGAGGAGCAGCGCCGCCACCGCACUCCGUCACACCCAGCCGCGUCUUGCUCUCCGUCGUGCCAUCCACCCACGCCGAGAAGGAAGAGAGAAACAGAGGAGGGUGGCGUCGCAUCUGCUGUGAGCUUGCCGCCAAGGAAAGCCGCCGUGCCGUCGUCAUCGUCGUCCUCAUCAUGACCUGUCACCGUCACUGGAGCCAGCCGCCUUCGUCGCCGUUCAUUCUUGUCGUCGCCGUCGCCGCUGGUCUGCCUUGGAGCCGCUGUCGAGUAGAACGCGAGGAAGAGGAGUUCUCGUCACUGUUGUGCACCCAGUCAUCGCUGCUGCUUCCCAUCCCACCGUUGAUGCUGCCGCCACUGUCACAACCACCCUUGAGUUGCUGCGCUGCUGUUGACCUAUUGAACUACCACCCGAGCUACUGUUGGCUUGUUGUUUCUGUUUGUUGGGUUCAAGAUUGCUGCUGCUGUUCUUGCUUUCCUCAGCCUCUGCUUGUGAUUUCCGUGAGUUGCCGGAGCCUCUCCCGCCAUCAGAGCUGUUGUUUGGUUGAUGCCGCUGCUGGAGCUCCGUUGAAGUUGGUCAUUGUCGCUGAAGCCUCCCUAGUCGCCACUGCCGCUGCUAGAGUUGAUGUUGCUCUGGCUUUACUCUGAAUUGUUACUGCUGCUGCUUGGCUGAAGCUGAGACCUUUCACCAUCACUGGAGUUGCCCAGAAUCAUCAUGGUAGCUGCUAAGAGAGCAGAACGGAUGUUAGAACUGCCAAUGGAGCUGCUGAGUUUAGUGAUUUUCGCGAGUUUCGACAUUAAGUGACACAGGUUCGAAGACUCAGUUUGAAGCUGCGGACAAUUGUUGGACUAUAUUUAUAAGUUAAGUGUAUGAGUUAAUUUGCUUUCAUAAAGUUCCCUCGCACUUAUUGCUUAAGAUUUUUAUUUUAUACAGAGGGAUAGGAGUU